AUGAACAACUUUGAGAUUUUAACUUAAUUUUUCUUAUUCAACAACAAAAAAAGUGUACAACUCUUAGUCAUUGAUGCUGGAAAACUUUGAAUUUUUCAUGAUUAAACCAGUUCAUUAUGAUGAAGUUAUUGAGCAUUUAAAAAAUAAUUUCUUCUAUGAUGAGCCCUUAAAUCGAGCUGUUGGAUUAUGCAGUAGCAAAGGAGAAGGUCAUCCAGAAUUGGAGAAGCACAGUUUGGCAACUUUGAGUGAUGGAGUUUCGGUUGCGGUUCAGAAUUCGAAAGGAGACAUCGUAGGUGUUUGCCUAAACGGAUUUCUUCAUCCUGGAGAAACUUUAAAAGCAAAAGAAGCUUUAAAUGCUAGUCAGGAUGAGAAAUUUCAGAGAAUCUUUAACCUUCUCUACGAUCAAAACUUGAAAUUUGAUUUGUUUGAAGAGCUUAAUGUCGACAGAAUAUUUGAGUUUCGAAUAUUAUCUGUUGACAAAAAUUAUCGCGGUCAAGGUCUUGCCAAGAAAUUAAUGCAGAAAAGCGAAAAUAUUGCAAGAAAGUAUCAUUGCAAGGUUGUUAAAGGUGAUGCGACCGCUGCUGGUUCUCUAGCAGUUUGCCUUUCACUUGGCCUUAAGCCAAUUGCCGAAAUUCAUUACAAGGAAACUGAUAUGAACGUCAGCCCACCACACGAGAAACUUGUUAUUCUCUAUAAGGUUCUCGAUGACGAAAAGUAA